ACUCUAAAUUAUCUACCGUAAUAAAAAGCGAAUAAAGCUGCACCAUUGAUAUAAGUCUAUCAUAUCAUCUUUCUCUGAUUCGAUAUGGAUAACUCUAAAGGAAGACAUAGAGAUAAUGAAGGAGAAGAUGAAUCAGGCUGCUGUGGGAUGAUACUCAAGGCAGUCUCUCUGGAAUAUGAACGGGCAGUUAUAUUUAGACUGGGUAGGGUUCUACCCGGCGCAAGAGGACCUGGAAUGUUCUUUAUCAUUCCUUGUAUAGAUAAUUUUGUGAAAGUAGAUCUUCGUACAAUCUCCUUUGAUGUACCUCCUCAAGAAAUUUUAACCAAGGACUCAGUAACUGUCUCCGUUGAUGCCGUUGUUUACUACAGAAUUUCUGAUCCUAUGAUGUCUGUCGUAAACGUUGAAGAUUGUUCUCGUUCAACUCGUUUAUUGUCGCAGACAACCCUUCGAAAUAUCUUAGGAACGAGGACUUUAAGUGAAAUUCUGUCCGAACGUGAAAGUGUUGCAGUAAAUAUGCAAAAUGCUCUUGAUGAAGGUACUGACCCUUGGGGAGUGAAAGUUGAAAGAGUUGAAAUCAAAGACGUACGUUUACCCGUUCAGCUGCAAAGAGCUAUGGCAGCUGAGGCAGAAGCAACCAGAGAUGCACGGGCAAAAGUAAUAGCAGCUGAAGGUGAACAGAAUGCAUCUAAAGCAUUAAAAGAAGCAGCUGAUGUUAUAAAUGAAGCAUCUGGAGCGUUACAGUUGAGAUAUCUACAAACCCUUACUCAAAUCUCUGCCGAGAAGAAUUCGACAAUCAUUUUCCCGUUGCCUAUUGAACUUAUGAGUGCAUUCACUGAAAAAAAGACAUGA